UUAAACAUCACUAAAGGGUAAGGACUUCCCUAGGUCCUGCCCAGGAAACAAAGACAUUCUAAGUAGUGAAAAGUUUCUUUGGAGAUGGAGAAGCUUUGUCCUGCAGCAAGAGGAGUUUGGUUAGUUUCCACCCUUCUGGUGGCAUCCUUUCUGGUUAGCGGUGGAGAAGGUAAAUGUAAAGAUCCCAGAUGCAAUGCGAAUCUAAGCCCCUUUCAGCAGUGGAUAAGUGUCGCAGAGUGCCUCAGAAACACACCACCGAGCUGUCCCGACAAGUACAAGCUGACAAUAGAAGGAUGGAUGAACGUAACGAGCGAGGAUGGAGAGGCUUUUUGCAAGGAAGGAGGCUGUAAGGACCAGACACUGGCUGUUUUAGACUGCAUCAACGAUGUAAAGAGAGACGCCUGGUUUGGCAGUGGAGCGGUGGUGCAGGAUCUCGUCUUCACCAUCAAUCACGGGUGUACUUACGGGUUCAAUGGAACCACCCUGAUCAAGAAGAAACAUAAGUGACAGGCAAAAGCGGAAUUCACUUUGCAGCAUCAGUAGCAAUGGCGAUCGGUCUAUUCCAGUGGAUACUUUAAUAAGUCAAACAGUAGUAUUCCGUGGGUUUUCGGGUUAUACUCUUGUUUAUUUGUCACUAUAAAGGUUCACAUGCACUUGAAAUAACAGAGGGAACGAUGAGCAAACCUUUGCUGUGUA